AUGUCCGAAACUUCCUCCCACGACUCCUUCUACGAUUCCCUGUCAGACAUGCAGGAAGAAGGCAAGCACACUGAUUUCUUCCCUGCGCUGUCUGCUUUCCUCAGUCAGGAAGAGAUAAACAAGAGCCUUGACCUGGCUCGGAGGGCCAUAGCCGACUCCGAAACCGAGGACUGCGACUCGGAGAAGGAGAUCUCACAGAUUUUCAACCCCUCCUGUGGAAGCCCCUGUGCAAACCGCUCCCAUCCGGAAGCCCAGCGGAGCUCUCCGGCCAGCCCGCAGGAUCCCAGGCUGGCACCUGCGCAGCCUCCGGCAGGGCAGGCUAACAAUACCGCUUCACCUGCUCCCAGGAGGAAACCAGCCAUGUCGCCACUGCUGGCCAGCCCCAGCUACAUCCGGAGCCUGCGCAAGGCUGAGAAGCGUAGCGGAAAGGCAGCCGGCUGUGGCGUGAAGCCCAAGCCCACCCGUGCUGGGAAAGCUGGUCCUCAGGGCCAGCUGAGUGACAAGGCAGCCAAUCUGAUCGAGGAGCUCACCUCCAUCUUCAGGGAGGCCUCAAAGCCAAGGACCAGAAGCCCCAACGGGGAGUCCUCCUCACCUGACAGUGGUUACCUGUCUCCUAAGAACCAGCCGACAGCCUUGAUGAGUGCUUCGGCCAGCCAGAGCCCCACCGGCGAUCACCAGGGCCUGGAAGCAGAGGUCAAGGAGCCCGAGGCCAGGCCUGGCUACCAGCUGCACCAGGAUGUAGCCGCACCUUGCACCAGCAUCCCACGCCCUCCACCCUCUGCUGCAUCCUAUCUUCAGUCUGCACCCCGGUUCACGCAGAAGCUCAGGAGCCAAGAAGUAGCAGAGGGAAGUCGCAUUUAUUUGGUGUGUAGAGUCACUGGAAAUCCAAUGCCGCAUGUCAGGUGGUUCUGUGAGGAUAAGGAGCUACACAACUCUCCAGAUAUUCAAAUCCACUGUGAGGGCGGAGACCUCCAUACCCUGACUAUAGCAGAGGCCUUCGAGGACGACACAGGUCGCUACACCUGCCUGGCCACGAACGCUAGUGGCUCAGACAGUACUUCCGCAGAGGUGUUUAUUGAAGGUGCCAGUUCAACGGACUCUGACAGUGAAAGUUUGGCUUUCAAAGCAAAGACUGGAGCUAUGCCACAAGCUCAAAAGAAAACGACUUCUGUUUCCUUAACCAUUGGAUCAUCAUCCCCAAAGACAGGCGUGACUACAGCCGUCAUCCAGCCCCUGUCUGUCCCUGUUCAGCAGGUUCACAGUCCAACUCCAUACCUCUGCCGAUCUGACGGAACCGCUGCUGCCUACUUUCCUCCUGUUUUUACAAAGGAGCUGCAAAACACGGCAGCAUCUGAGGGCCAAGUGGUGGUCUUGGAGUGUCGGGUCCGGGGGGCACCCCCUCUGCAGGUCCAGUGGUUCCGCCAAGGGAGUGAAAUCCAGGACUCACCAGAUUUCAGGAUUCUGCAGAAAAAACCUAGAUCUACAGCUGAACCCGAGGAGAUCUGUACCCUGGUUAUUGCAGAGACUUUCCCUGAAGAUGCGGGGAUCUUUACAUGCUCAGCAAGAAAUGAUUAUGGGUCUGCAACGAGCACUGCUCAGCUGGUUGUCACCUCUGCCAACUCUGAAAAUUGUAGCUAUGAUUCAGUAGGCGAAUCCAACAAUGAUUUUCAGCACUUCCCACCUCCGCCACCAAUCUUGGAGACAAAUUCCUUUGAAUUGGCUUCAAAGAAACCAUCUGAAAUCCAGCAGGUGAACAGCCCUGACUUGGGACUUAGUAUGGCAGUCCUUCAGAUGCAGUUCAACUCUGCUGAGAGGGAAGCUAAUGGCAUCCUUCCUGGCCAUGGAGUCAACGGCCUGAUUAAUGGCAAAACCAACAGUCAUAAAUCUUCAUCGCCACCUGCCCUGUUCUCGCCCACGAAGGAGCCGCCCCCUCUGCUUGCCAAACCAAAACUGGACCCGCUCAAGAUCCAGCAGCUGCAGAAGCAGAUCCGCCUGGAGCAGGAGGCCAGCGCGCGGCACUCGGGCCCUCCCUCUCCGCCCUUCCCGCCGCCGCCCGCCUUCCCUGAGCUCGCGGCCUGCGCGUCGCCCGCCUCCCCGGAGCCCAUGAGCGCACUCGCCUCCCGCUCCGCCUCCGCCAUGCAGUCCUCCGGCUCCUUCAACUACGCGCGCCCCAAGCAGUUCAUCGCGGCGCAGAACCUCGGCCCCGCGUCGGGCCACGGCACGCCGGCCUCCAGCCCCAGCUCGUCCAGCCUCCCGUCGCCCCUGUCGCCGACGCCCAAGCAGUUCGGCCGAGCGCCCGUGCCGCCCUUCGUGCAGCCCUUCGGCUCCGAGGCCGAGGGCUCCUGGGGCCCGUCCUCACCGUCGCCGCCGCCGCCGCCGCCCCCGGUCUUCAGCCCCAGCGCGGCCUUUGCGGUGCCCGACGUGUUCCCGCUGCCGCCGCCGCCUCCGCCGCUGCCCAGCCCGGGCCCGGCCUCGCCCUGCCCCGCGCCCGCCGCCCGCUUCGGCCACAGCCAGCAGACACCUGCGGCCUUCCUCAGCUCCCUGCUGCCCUCGCAGCCGCCGCCAGCUGCCGUCAACGCACUGGGGCUGCCCAAGGGCGUCACCCCCGCGGGGUUCCCAAAGAAGGCCGGCAGGACAGCGAGGAUAGCCUCUGAUGAGGAGAUCCAGGGCACAAAGGAUGCUGUCAUCCAAGACUUGGAACGCAAACUUCGCUUCAAGGAGGACCUCCUGAACAAUGGGCAGCCGAGGUUAACUUAUGAGGAGAGGAUGGCUCGGCGGCUGCUGGGUGCUGACAGUGCAACCGUCUUCCACGUUCAGGAGCCAGAAGAGGAAACUGCUAACCAGGACAUCGGGUCUCCUCACGCUUCUGUAGGGAGUCCUCUGGAAGGUCAAAAGGAAUACAAAGUGUCCAGCUGUGAGCAGAGACUCAUCAGUGAAAUAGAGUACAGGCUAGAAAGGUCUCCUGUGGAUGAAUCGGGCGAUGACAUUCAACAUGGAGAUGCACCUGUGGAAAACGGAGUGGCCCCGUUCUUUGAGACGAAGCUGAAACACUUCAAGAUCUUUGAGGGAAUGCCGGUGACUUUCGUGUGCAGAGUGGCUGGAAACCCAAAGCCAAAGAUUUAUUGGUUUAAAGAUGGGAAGCAGAUCUCGCCCAAGAGCGAUCACUACAUCAUUCAGAGAGACCUCGACGGGACCUGCUCUCUGCACACCACGGCCUCCACCCUAGACGACGACGGAAAUUACACAAUCAUGGCUGCCAACCCGCAGGGCCGCAUCAGCUGCACCGGCCGGCUGAUGGUCCAGGCAGUCAACCAAAGAGGUCGCAGUCCUCGCUCCCCCUCAGGCCAUCCUCAUGUCAGAAGGCCUCGCUCUCGGUCCAGGGACAGCGGGGACGAGAACGAACCGAUUCAGGAGCGAUUCUUCAGACCUCAUUUCUUGCAAGCUCCUGGUGACCUGACCAUUCAAGAAGGCAAACUCUGCAGAAUGGAUUGCAAGGUCAGUGGGCUGCCAACUCCAGACCUAAGCUGGCAGCUUGACGGGAAGCCUAUCCGUCCUGACAGCGCUCACAAGAUGCUGGUGCGUGAGAACGGGGUGCACUCUCUGAUCAUAGAGCCCGUCACGGCGCGGGACGCCGGCAUCUACACCUGCAUAGCCACCAACCGAGCAGGGCAGAACUCCUUCAGCCUGGAGCUUGUGGUUGCUGCUAAAGAAGCGCACAAACCCCCCGUGUUUCUGGAGAAGCUGCAGAACACAGGAGUCGCUGAAGGCUACCCGGUACGGCUGGAAUGCCGUGUUUCAGGAGUGCCACCGCCCCAGAUAUUCUGGAAGAAAGAGAAUGAGUCACUCACACACAGCACUGACCGAGUGAGCAUGCACCAGGACAACUACGGCUACAUCUGCCUGCUCAUUCAGGGAGCCACAAAGGAGGACGCCGGCUGGUAUACCGUGUCUGCCAAGAACGAGGCCGGCAUCGUGUCCUGCACUGCCAGGCUGGACGUUCACACCCAGUGGCAUCAACAGCCACAGAGCACCAAGCCCAAAAAAGUCCGGCCCUCGGCCAGCCGCUACGCAGCACUUUCGGACCAGGGGCUAGACAUCAGAGCAGCGUUCCAGCCCGAGGCCAGCCCAUCUCACCUGACGCUGACUCCCGGCUUGGUGGAAAGUGAGGACCUGUAAGCCCCGUUCUGGUUACAGUGGAGACACAGUCUCUAUCAACACCAUCCUGUUUGCAUUAUGAAAAAGACAAAUGCAUUUUUGACUAUAUGAAACAACACUAAAAUAAUAUUUUUCUUACUUGAUAUUACCAAACUUAGAGUUUAAGUAGGUGAUGCUAAUAGAAAUACACAUUGCACAGGAAACUCACAUUUAUUGUCCAGCUUAAAACUUUUGGAAUUGCUGUGAUUAAAGCGGUUGAAAUGCCAAAAUGCUAAAGGAAAUCCAUUUGUUCCAAGGAAACCACAAUGUAUAUUAUGUACAAGUGCCUUUAAACACAAGCUAUAGGUGCUACAAGCUUCAGAGUGUGAAGUAAGUUUAACAUGAGGCAACUGUACCACCACUCCUACUACGAGGAUUCGGAAGCGUGCUGUGUUCACACAUCUACAGAUGAACCGAGUGCAAUGAUGUCAGGUUGAAAACGGAAAUAACAAAGAAAUCCAAGUAAAUGCCUUGUCUUUGCAAACUACUUUACAGUUAAGGAAGAAACUACUUGCCUUAAAUGGGAUUCAUAUCAGGGCUUUUCUUAGAAGGUCAAUAUCCUAGUCCUUAGCUCUUGUUUGGGUAUUUGCUUCUCAUGCCACCUUGGGAGAAAACUAUUUACAAACCAUAUUAAAAGGCUAAUUUAGAUAAUAUAGUCUGAAAAAAGUGGUAAUACUGGGGUACAGGCCAUUUCAGGAAAGGCAGGCAUCUAACCUACCACAAUGAGCAAGGCACAAACAGAUCAGGAGGAAACACAGGUUUGGAAGGAGUCGGGAGGACAAUGAAGGGAAAUGCUAACAGCUUAAGUGUACUGCAUUUUGAUUAAAGUAGAAGGGGCAGGAGAGGUGGCAAAGACCAGGCUUUUCUUUGGUUUUCUUUAAAGUGUAGGUGACAAAACACUGCCAUUCCAAGUCCAGGGGUCUGGGGACAGCAGGAAGGCUGGAGCACAUGCGUUACGGAGAUUUCAGUGUGUCUGUUUGUGUAGCAGUUGAAGACUUUAGACGUGUAGAGCAAGUUGAAAAUGGAUUGAGACUGAAGAGUGGCAUAAAUGAGAAACUGCCUUUAGCAUCUACUCUAUUUGAGGGAAAGGUGUGCCAGAAUGCAUUUUUCCGUGGCACCAAGAAAAGCGAGUGGAAAUUACUGUCCACUUCCCUGCUGCCGUGAAACCUCACCUUAGCAAGGUGCUGGGUUCUAAGUAGCUUGUGAAAGCAUCUCAGCAAAGACUGCGUUUGGAAUGCACACGAUUCUGCGGCAGCUCAACUGAGCUGGCUCUGACCAGACUUCAUGGCUUUAAGUCGGAACCAACACAUUUUUAAAAGGAGAAAAAAUAAUUUGACCUAAUGGUAUAAAACCUGAGGCUUUAAUGGUACUUUGCUAUGAAAACACUGUAUUCCUUAUACAAAACACAUAUAUAUCUUUCAUUAUUUAUAAUAAAGGUAUUGAACUCUUAGCUACUCAAUUCAUAUGUAGUAUUUUUUAAAUGUUUUUCUAUCUGUACCACCCCAUGUAUUUCCUAUUACUACUUCACAUGUACAGCUUUAUACUUCUUUUUGAACACCAACCUACCAAGCUUUAAAUGACUCGAGGCCUGAGCAUUGGGUGGCAGGUAUGCAGCGUGGUACAAGUGUCUUUGAGCAUCCUUACAUGCAUUGUUAAUGCAGAAUUUAAAUUACCAUAAGGUCUCCCAUGAGCCUAUAUAUUGUAGAAUUACGAUUUAUGUCAUACCUUACUUGCCAAAUUUUUCUGCAUAUGACUUUUGCUAAUUUUCUUGGUUUGGGAUUAACUAGCAUUAUUUUGCCACCUUUUACAUUGUAUUUAUAUCAUGAGAAGUACUAUCUUACUACUUUGGAUUGUUGUGCUGGUGUAAUGUGGACUUAACAUCAAUAAAUAUUUAA